GCGGUUGCAAAUGAAGGCGAACUCCUCAUAGUUCGUUGCGUGUAUCGAAACCGAAGAGAUGUGAGUGUGCGCGUAAUCUUAGCAUCUUUAGUAGUUGGGGACUUCAUCCCUUACACAAUAAAAAAUCGGAUGGAUGUGAAGCAAAAAAAUCAAGAUAAAUGUACAUUGACUGUCGACCAUAAUUCUAAACCACCCACUUUCCCGCCUUCACCGGAAAUGCAAGAUUCCACGAGUUCCAUUGCAAUAUUCACCAAUCAUUGGUGA